AUGGCGGAGCUGUGCCGCACGCACUCGUCGCUGGCAGGGCUGGACGAGGAGACGCUGUGGGAGAUGACGGAGAGCCACCGCCACAGGAUCGUGCGCAGCACCUGCCCCAGCCGCCUCACCCCCUACCUGCGCCAGGCCAAGGUGCUGGGCCAGCUGGACGAGGAGGAGGUGCUGCACAGCCCCCGCUUCACCAACUCGGCCAUGAGAGUCGGGCACCUGCUGGACUUGCUGAGGGCGCGCGGGAAGAACGGGGUGCUCGCCUUCCUGGAGAGCUUGAAGUUCCACAACCCCGACGUCUACACCCUGGUCACCGGGCUGCAGCCCGACGUGGACUUCAGCACCUUCAGCGGGCUCAUGGAGACGUCCAAGCUGACCGCAUGCCUGGCCGGAGCCAUUGGCAGCCUGCAAGAGGAGCUGAGCCAGGAGAAGGGGCAGAGGGAGGCGCUGGCGCAGCAAUGCCGGCGGCUGCAGGAGCGUCUGGGCCAGGCCGAGGCCCGGGCCGAGGGCCUGCAGCAGCUGGAGGCCGACCACGGCCGCAUGAAGCGUGAGGUCAGCGCCCACUUCCACGAGGUGCUGAAGCUCAAGGACGAGAUGCUCAGCCUCUCGCUGCAUUACAGCAACGCGCUGCAGGAGAAGGAGCUGGCCAGCACGCGCUGCCGCGGCCUGCAGGAGGAGCUCUAUCUGACGAAGCAGGAGCUGCAGCGCCAGAGGCUGUCGGCCUCCUGCGAGCGGGAGUUCCGAGAGCGGUCCCUGCGCAUGGCUGACGGCCUGGAGCCCGGAGCGGAGGAGCUGAGCCGCCUGAAGGAGGAGAACGAGAAGCUCCGCUCCCUGACAUUCAGCCUGGCGGAGAAGGACAUCCUGGAGCAGAGCCUGGACGAGGCCCUGGAGAGCAAGCAGGAGAUGGUGGACCGCAUCCACUCGCUGAGGGAGCGCGCCGUGGCGGCCGAGCGGCAGCGGAAGCAGUUCUGGGAAGAGAAGGAGCAGACCCUGCUGCAGUUCCAGAAGACCAAGGUGGACUGCGAGAUCUACAGGGAGAAGGUGACCGCCCUGCAGAGCCAGGUGGCCGAGCUGCAGAAGGAGCGGGACCAGGCCUACUCGGCCCGAGAUGCCGCCCAGGCGGAGAUUGCCCAGAGCCUGGCCGAGAAGGAUGCGCUCCGCAGGAAGCUGUUCGAGCUCACCGACCAGGGCUGCGACCUCCGCCAGCAGCUCCGCCAGCUGCAGGCCGGGUUGGCACCAGGGCCCAAGCAGGAGGCGGGGCCGAGGGAGCCCUGCUGGAGGGGAAAGCAGCGGCUGGUGCGCAUGUUCGCCAUCUGCCCGCCAGACGACAGUGACUGCAGCUGCCUCAGCUCCUCCGAGUCUCAGCUCUGGUCGGACCUGAGCGCCACAUCCAGCCGCGAGCUGGUGGACAGCUUCCGCUCCAGCAGCCCUGUGCCCCCCAGCCAGCUGUCCCUGUACAAGCGAGCCGCGGAGGACUUCCGGGAGGAUCCUUGGUCCUUCAGUGGCUUCUCGGAAACCCUGGAGGGGGACUGGAGAGCCUCCCCGGGAGCGAAGGCGGGUGACGCCGACCUGGAUUACGAGAUUAUAGACAGAGCAGACCUCCUAGAGUCUGAGCGCGGCCCACAGCUGGUCUCCAGGGGCCUCUGCGGCUCAGCCAGCAGCGCCCCCGUGCGGCGGCGGCCGGCCCGGAAGCUCCCGAGCCAGGUCACGGUGCUGGCCUUCCAGGGGGACGCGCUGCUGGAGCAGAUGAGCGUCAUCGGUGGGAACCACACGGGCAUCUUCAUCCACCGCGUCAGCCCUGGCUCGGCGGCCGACGAGAUGGCCUUGCGCCCGGGCACGCAGAUCGUCAUGGUGGACUGCGAGGCCACAGAGCCCUUCUUCAAGGCCGUCCUGCAGGGCGUGACCCUGGAGAAGGCUGUGGCUCUCCUCCGCAGGGUGGACGGCUUCUGCUGCCUGUCUGUGAAGGUCAACACGGAGGGUUAUAAGAAGCUGGUCCAGGACCUGGAGGCCAAAGUGGCCACCUCAGGGGACUCCUUCUACAUCCGGGUCAACCUGGCCCUGGAGGGGCAGGCGGAGGGGGAGCUGCUGGUGCACUGCGGUGACAUCCUGCAUGUCACAGACACCAUGUUCCAGGGCCGCGGCUGCUGGCACGCCCACCGCGUGGGCCCCUACAGCACCAGGGACACGGAUGGCGGCACCAUCCCCACCUACGCACGGGCACAGCAGCUGCUCAUCACCCUCCUGCGGGACCUGGCUCAGCAGAGCAGCUCCACCCGCAAGCCAUCUCCUGGAGGCUCCCAGAGGUUGGUCCGUAUCGUCACUGUGGACAGAACCAAGGCCAGCGCCCUGUGCUCAUCCUUUGACGGGACCCAGUCAGACGCCUCCCCCAGGGGCUUCUGGGCCGAGAGCUGCGUCACCCUGGCGCCCUACACGCGGGUGCACCCCCGCAGGCCCAGCCGGCCCCGGCCCGUGCUCCUGGUGCCCGGCUUGGUCGGGAGGAUCCUGAGUGAGAAGCUCUGCCUCCUGCAAGGGUUUAAGACAUGCCCGGCAGAGUGCUUGAGCCCGGAGGAGCGUGAGGCCGCCAGCCGGAGAGGGGACAUUGUCCAGGCAAGGGAGGCCGCUGGCAGCCGCUGGGUGCCCCGCUCGGCCCUGGAGCGCCUCAUGGAGAAGAGCACCCACGCCCUCCUGGACGUCCCACUGGGCAGCGUGCGCGCCCUGCACAGCAUGGAGAUCUUCCCCAUCGUCCUCCACAUCGUCAUCAACGAGAAGGCAGCCAAGAGACUCAGGAAGGCCCUGCAGCGGCUGGGUGCCUCGGAGGAGCAGCUCCUGGCGGCCAGCAGGCAGGAGGAGGGUGAGCUGGACAGGGCGCCCUGCCCCUGCUGCAGCCUGGCCCCUGAGGCCUGGGGUGACCUGGACACGCUGCUUAGCUGCGUCCGCUUUGCCAUCUCCGACGAGCAGAAGAAGGUGGUGUGGACGGAAGAGAGCCCCCCGUGA